AUGACCUUCUCUUCAAUGCCGGUAGGCCUGCGGAGGAUCCUGAAGAUUGCAGUCAUCAUUUGUCGUGACUGCAGAGUCGAGGGGAAGCGGCCUGCAGUGAUUGCCAUGGUGAAGGGCCAACCGGCAGAGGCUCGACGGCCGGAGGAAUCCUCCGAGGAGGAGAAGGAGCACUUCAUUCAGAAGCGGCGGCUCUUGGUGAUGGACAAGUCUUUAGACUUCGGCGUGCUCUUCCCCCAGGUGGAUGCAUUAAUCCUUCAUGGUGGUUUGGGCGUGACCAGUGAAGCCUUGUUGGCUGGAAAGCCUGCCAUCACCAGCGGCAUCCUUCUCAUGGACCAGCGCUACUGGGCAGCCCGGCUGAAUGAACUGGGCUGUGGAUCUCAGGGCAUUAGUGUGGAUGACUUGAUGAGUGCGACUCCCGGGUUGGUGAACCUCAUCCAUCAAGCGCUCCUACCUUCCAUUGAAGGUGGUAGCUCCUGGAUGGCACGCGCCAAAGAAGUGCAAGACCAGAUCCAGGGCUAUCGUGGCGCCUACGUCGUGAUGGAGUUCAAGAGACUGGAGGAGUGGAGAGCUUAUCGUCAAACCUUCACACGCCCCACCGAGGAGUACUUCCUCCGUGACAGGCACGGACAAAUCACGGGUUUCACGACCCUAGAUGAACGAGAGAAUGCCAUUGAGGGAGAACGCUUCCCGGUGCAGGUUCUCAAGCGACAGGUCCGGCAGUGCGAGGAUCCCGACGGCGUGCGACGGAACGCGGAGGUCAUCUUCGCGGCAGGCACAGAGCUUCGUGCAGUGGUGAGGGAUGCUUACACGCGCAACCGCACCUGCUGCCGCUGCGUGUGCAAGCAGACCACCUGCUUUUUGCAGUGUCUCAGAGAGACGGUGCGAUUCUUGCUGUGCCUCCAGGUGCCUGCUUGCCUGUUCUUUUGGUUGAAGGCGGUCCGUGCGUGUCUUUGCUGCAAGCCGCUGAAAUGGCUGUUCCUUUGGGUCUAUCCACGGAGAACCAUGUCCCACACACCGGGGCCGAUGGACUCGAUGGAUUCCUUUGGGCCGUUGAACCUGGACGUGUGA